AUGCGCCAGGGCGCCACCAGUGGCUCUGCCUGGAUGGUCAAAGCACUGGUCAGAGUCCUUCUUGCUAAGUCAGGCAGCCACGCAGAUAUCCCUUGGGUGGCUUGCUCAGUGGCAGCCUGUCCCCUCCCUGCCCCGCAGUACCACGGCAGCCUGGCGUCCCUCAAUGGGCUGGAGGUGCACCUGAACGAGACGCUGCCCCGGGACCAGGCGGCCCCCACGGCCAGAGCCUAUGGCUUCGCGCACUACGACCGCGUCCAGAACGUGCUGGCGGCCAACCUGCCACAGGUGGCCACAGCCCAGGACCGCCGCUUCCUCCAGGCCGUCAGCCUGAUGCAUUCCGACUUCGCCCGGCUGCCCGCGCUGUACGAAGUGACCGUCAGGAAUGCCUCCACGGCUGUGUACGCCUGCUGCAGCCCCGUCCAGGAAACCUAUUUCCAGCAGCUGGCGUCGGCGGGGCGGAGCUCCGGCUUCCCGAGUCCGCAGGACGGUGCCUUCAGCCUCCCGGGCAAAGCCAAGCAGAAGCUGCUGAAGCACGGGGUGAACUUACUUUGAACCGUGGGUUCCUGACCCCAGCAGAUGACUCUCACAUCGAAUCCCAGCAAAGGAAGCUCUGCCUUGUUAAAUGGAAAAGUCCCUCUAUUUUGUUUUCCUUGGAAGAGUCCCUUGUUUUUAGGAAUGUAAUGAUAUUUGAGUGUUUGUUGCCCCUUCUGCAGAUUGGCGUUGGAGGAGGUAGCCCUCCGGGUCAGCAGACCUAGAGCACGUGGUAAAGACCUUGAUGAUGUGGGCAGCACCGCGGCCAGACUGGGCGCCUUGGCUCCUUACACCCAGGGGGCACAGGGCCAGUGAGUCCCCCUGUCACACUGAGCCCCGGGCACCUGACACUUCUUGCUGCUGUUCCACCGCAGCCUUAACUAGGACCAUAAAAACCCAGGUGGGCGUUUUUUCUAGAACCAGGUUGGCCCUGUCUGGAGUAUUUGUCCAGCCCUGCCUCCAGGGGGCCGGUCUGAGGUGUGACUGCCCAGCCAGGAGACGGACUUGUCAGCGAGCAGACCGGAGCUCCCACUUCUCAGGUUAUCUUCAGAGCUGUCCUUCUGGGAGGCCGGGACGCCUAGUGCAGCGAAGCAGUCAGGGAUGCUGAAACCACCUGUUUGGAUCGUCUGGAACUAUAUUCAAAAUGAGGAGCCUGUUCUUUGGCUUACCCGUAGUGGGGGCAGAUCUCAAUGACGUGGAAGGGAGUUUGGGGUGCCGGGACCGAGAGCUGGGUGACGACAGGCCAGACUGGGCCCCUUGGUUGGAAGUGGGCUGUGCUGCUGGUUCCUCCCGAGUGAGUGUCCCAAACGGGAGUUUCUGAAAGGUUUUGGUGCAAAAGCAGAACUGUGCUUUUCAGCGGUGGCUGCGUGAAAGGGAACAGCGUUCGUCUGUGUGUUGCCGGGCUGGAGUAGUACGAGAACAUCAGUUCUGUUACGUUAUAGUCUGACAUUUUAUGAUGAUACGAUGCAGAUCACAGGAUGAAAAUAUUUCACAAAAUCCUAACCAGAUGUUUACUGGAAGUGCCUGAGAUUCCAUUUGAAAAUUGUGAUGUUAAUAACUUCACGUCAGUGAACCAUUAUCUCAUGUUUCUGACAUGGUGUCUUUUUCCGGAAACAAGUUUCUAAGGGCUAAAAAUAAAAUAGCCAAAAACACUAAUGAGUUCUGAGUAACAGUAACAUCUCUAGUGACAAAGUAAGGAUGAAGGUAUGUAUGUACAUAUGUACAUGUGUGUAUAUUUCACGUGGUCACAUUUCUCUUUGCCCUGCCUGAUCCAGCCUGGCCAGGUGAGGAAGAGUGCGUGUCAGAACGGUCUGUGCGAGGGUGGCGGGCUGUUCCAGGGAGCGCCAGCUUCAGCGUGGCUGGACCGCACACCAGGCCCAUGUCACCCUUUCUGUCACCUCUCUGGGGUCCGUCCUGCCACUGGCUGGCCUAAGAGAGCUUCCCAGAUGGAGGAGGACCACACCUCAAGCUAGGAGAAAUGUACAAUGUCCUACUUCUCUGCCUGAUUCUCCAAGGAAAAGUCCCUUACAAAUCCCGGGCCCAAGCUUUCAAGGAACAUUCCCAUGACUGACUUACACAGAACUUGUUCCCUUUCUGUCCUGGGGUAUUUUCAAGCAUCCACACUUUUUUUCCUCUUGCCACUGAAGCUCCAGAAUUGGGAGAUCUCCAAGUCCUGAGUUUGGUGAAAUUCUGACCUGUUACGUGUUGACACAGGGACAGAACUUGGAGCCCCCGAGCCCUUUUUCAUCUGCCCCCCGCCCGGUACCUCGGCUAACUACCUGGGCUCAAGGACUCUUCCAAACAAAUUCUGCUUCACAAGGAACUCUCCCGCCUGUCUCUGAGCCCCUUCCUUGCUGUCAGGCCAUUGGCAGAGCUUAAUCUCCUCUGUUUUGCUUUCAGAAACCUCUCUUCCCAUCUAAUUUCCCAGGGCUGCUGUUGAGCCUCAAAUGUGUGUAAUACAAAAUGUUUGUUUCUGAGAAUCAGUGCUCGAGGCAGCCCGGUGCUUCCGUCUGAGCUGAGUCUCCGCGCUCACAGGUAUGAGGUCCUGUGAUCUCAGGUCCGCACAGCAGAAUGUGAGACCUGCAUGCGACGGCCAUUCUAAAAUAAGUCCACAAUUUCUUUGCUACAAAUUAGGGACCUGAUUCUCCCCCCGAGUGUGGGCUGUACUUCGUGAUCCAUUUUUAAUGACGAGAACGUGGCAAACAUGACAGUGUGACUUCUGAGAGUAGGUUACAAAACAUCACAGCUGCCGCCUCUCUCUCAGUUCACCUAUUCUGGGGAGAAGCUGACAUCCGGGCAGCCCUAUGGAGAAUCCCUCGUGGCGAGGGUCUCCUGCCCAUGGCCGCGUGAGUGAGCCUUCUUGGAAGCAGGUCCCCCAGCCCGGCUGCCUUCAGAGGACUGCAGCCCCUGCCGACAUGUGACUUAACCUCGUAAGAAUCAGCCAGAACCAUCAAGCCGAACCACUUCUGAACUCCUAGCCCUCCGGAAUUGUGGGAGAUAAUAAAUGUGUGUUGUUUUAAGCCACUCU